CUCUCUCUCUCUCUCUCUCUCUCUAAACAAUAUAAUCACUCUCUCUCUCUCUCUAAACAAUAUAAUCAGUUCUAGGUGUAAAGACAGAGAGAGGCUUUGGUUGGAAUUUGUGAAUGGAUAAGCAAGUAGAAGAAGCAAACCCAUCAUCUUCUCCGGCAAGAGGAAGAGAAGAUGAAGGAGGAGGAGGUGGAGGAGGAGGAGAAGGAAUGGCUCUGCCACUUUAUUUCGAAGACAGAGCAAGAGCUGGCCAAUUUCCCACUUUCAUUGGCAAGCAUAAGCUCGCAGCUUCCAUUUCCCAUCUUCAAAACCAAAUCGACAUCAUCCAGAAAGAGCUGGACCAACUUGAGACAAUAGGUGAAUCCUCCAUUGUAUGCAAAGACCUCAUUGCAAGCGUUGAAUCAACAUCUGAUCCAUUGCUUCCAUGGACUAAAGGACCAGGUGAAGUAGGGUGGGAUAGGUGGUUCCGAGGAGCCAACAACUCCAGAAACCACAGCCGCUGGAUCUAAAAUUAUAAACUUUUUCCAUCCUCAAAUGUUUUCCCUUCCUUUUUUUUGUAUGCAUAUUAUGAGGCAGAGCAAAAACAGAGGAGGUUUCAUUUCCUGCAUUUUCUUUGAAUAAAUCACGGGGAAGAAGAAGAAUAAUGCAUUGGCAUGCAGGCAAGCAAACAUGUGAUAUUUCCGCAAAACUCAUGGGAGAUGUGCCCUAUGUCAUGUAUUUUAUUACGAGAAAUUAGCUGAAAUAAUCCUUUUUAAAAUUC